AUGUCGCCGACGGAAAAGUGUUUGGGUUGGCGCCCGCCCUCAUUCAGGCCAACUGAGUGGGAUUAUCGGGCAUAUGAGGCUCGCGCAUAUGAGAUUCUCAGCUCGCCUCGGGGACGCGCAGCGGUUCUUCAUGGUGGUAUCGUCUGGCGUUUGGCCAUGGAGAUCCUCGGAGGGCAUCCUCAACAGCUCGCCAACACGGGGCCCUCGACGGACGUCUUCGUUCACAGCCAGGCCAUCCAACCCCGGCAUGGGCCUCCGUAUUAUGACGACGGCCUGUCGCAAGAAGAGAUCGACAUUAUCUGCGGCACGUACAAGAUCAUGGAUUCCGGGCACAAGGAUGUGGUGUAUUUCUCAUGGUGGCCUCGACCGGCGCAGUGGAGCUACUCCGGGAUGAACGUGGGCUACUGGACUCAAUUCUGCGAGGACUGGUUCCAGCUCCGUCUGCAAGCGAUUCGGGACUCAAACGCCGCACCGCACAGUGGCAAGGAAUGGCGGAACAAGAUCACUUUCCACCAAGGUGCGCGCAAGGUAAAGCGCGCCGUCGAAGUCGCCAGCGAGAGGUUCCUGUUGGACGUUCUGCGCAUUCCCUCCGGUUAA